AUGGCUGAAAGCGUUAAAUAAAAACCCUUCUAUUAUCUCAGAACAGAAAAGCUGGGGUUAUUUCCAUAUUUGUAGGAAUUUAUUCCCAUUUACCAUAACUGGAUGCAAGAUGAAGAAAUUCUUUUUCUGACAGGCAGCGAGCCUUUAACUUUAGAAGAAGAAAAAGAAAACUAACUAUCUUGGUUAAAAGACAAUGAGAAAUACACCUUCAUUAUUUUUGAGAAAGAUGCUACAAUCGAUCUCUAACAGCCAAAUUUUCCUGAAUAUACUAAAAAUUAUAAAAUGGCAGGAGACAUAAAUUUAUUUUUCCACCCAUACAUAGAAGAAAAUGAGGCAGAAAUUGAUGUUAUGAUUGGAGAAAAAUCAGCUAGAAAAAAAGGACUAGCUUAAACUGCUGUUUAAAUAAUGAUGGAUUUUGGAAAUGCUUUUUUUAAAAAGAAUAGAUUUAUUGCUAAAAUCAAAAAGGAAAACUAAAAGUCUAUUAGCCUAUUUGAAAAAUUAGGUUUCAAAAUGUUUAUUGAAAUAGAAUCCUUUUAGGAAGUACAUUAUGAGUUUGUAUAUACAUAGGAUUUAAGCGAGUAAUAAUUUAGAUAAAAGUAUCUAGAUUUUCAUUAACUCUAACUUUAAUUGUGA